AUGGGUGAUGAAGGCAGUGACGGAGGAGAAAGGGGCAAUAGGGUUAGUGUUAAUGAAUGGAACGACCUGAUCAAGGGCCCUUCCUUCCAAACAGCUUACGGCAUAGAUAACCUUUACUGCCUCGUUGCGGAAUCAAUCGUUAUUGACCACAAGUUUUAUUCGGAGUUGAGUGAUGAAUCCGGGGAGCUUGGUAUGGGUACUAUCGAAUUUUUCAGGGUCUGGAAAGUUUUCGGACCUGAAGAUGGAGACGGUAGUAGUUGGGAUAGUAGCGACAAUGGGGACAGGGACGGUGGAGGCGGAAACGGUGCGAGUGAUAUUGAGGUCGAGGUUGAGCUGAGUUACCUGCUCUUCGAGGUUGUCGAUGAAUUUCGUAGGCGGUGGCGAGUUGUGUACGAGCAGUAUACCUCUCGUGGUGGAUACGUUGUACGAGGAUGGCUAUGUACUUAA